AAACACCAAGGUAGGUUGCCUAGUGAUCCUGAGGAAGCUGAUGUGUUAUUCCUUUUCUGCAUCGAAGGAUCAGGAAGUUUGUGCUCUCUGCGUGGAAGUUUUUCACCUACUAGGACGGGGGUGGGGUGGGGGGAACAGGUGGCCCCCUAAAAUACAGCACAAGCUACAGCCUGCGUCCAGCCAUAACCCAGGAGUAACAUCAGAAACAGGUGAGAAUGACCACUUUAACUCACCGGGCCCGUCGCACUGAAGUAAGCAAGAACUCUGAAAAGAAGAUGGAAAGUGAGGAAGACAGUAAUUGGGAGAAAAGUCCAGACAAUGAAGAUUCUGGAGACUCUAAGGAUAUCCGCCUUACUCUUAUGGAAGAAGUAUUGCUUCUAGGACUAAAAGAUAAAGAGGGUUACACAUCUUUCUGGAAUGACUGCAUAUCAUCUGGCCUGCGAGGGGGCAUCCUGAUAGAGCUGGCCAUGCGGGGUCGAAUCUAUCUGGAACCCCCGACCAUGCGUAAGAAGCGACUACUAGACAGAAAGGUACUGCUAAAGUCAGACAGUCCAACAGGUGAUGUUUUACUGGAUGAAACUCUCAAACACAUCAAAGCAACUGAACCCACAGAAACUGUCCAAACAUGGAUAGAGCUACUCACUGGUGAGACCUGGAACCCCUUUAAAUUACAGUACCAGCUGAGAAAUGUACGAGAGCGCAUUGCAAAGAACCUAGUAGAGAAGGGUAUUCUAACCACUGAGAAGCAGAAUUUCCUGCUAUUUGACAUGACUACUCAUCCAGUGACCAAUACAACAGAGAAACAGCGCCUAGUGAAAAAACUUCAAGAUAGUGUACUAGAGCGGUGGGUAAAUGACCCUCAGCGUAUGGACAAGCGAACACUAGCACUCCUGGUGCUAGCUCACUCCUCUGAUGUGCUAGAGAAUGUCUUCUCCUCUCUGACAGAUGACAAGUAUGACGUGGCAAUGAAUCGAGCCAAGGACUUAGUAGAACUGGACCCUGAAGUGGAAGGGACAAAGCCUAGUGCCACAGAAAUGAUCUGGGCUGUGCUGGCAGCCUUCAAUAAAUCUUAAAGCCAGCAGGUGGAUUUCUCCUUUUCCCCUGCUGGCUGGUGACUGUCAGAGACCCCCAUCACUGAGUUUUGUGUGAUGAGAUGUUUUCAUCAUUUUUGUUUCCUUUUCUUGAAUCAGACUUGUGAUUUGGGGAGAACAACUUCAGGGCUUCUCCACAGACCUUGACCAUUAUAAGCAGACCUUAUUUCUCCCUACACUUCGACUCCAUAGGUAAAUAAACUGGGUGAACCCACACGUACCCAAUGAACAUUUUCUCCCAUUUCUUGGUUUAGUUUCACCCAGUGUGCUUUGGAUAAGCAGAAAUAUCUAAAUGGAAUUUUGAGUUCUCCAGCUAUAGAAUGUGAAUGAGAUAAAAAGCGAACUAUUAUGUUUUUCUAAGUUUGUUUUCUAUCUUAAAUACAUGUUUUCACAGCCUUUGUCUCUCAGACCCUGCUAAAUAAUGUAGCUUAUUGAAAUAACUGUCGUUGAAUAAGGAGCAAUGAGAAACAAAACUAAUUUUUGGAGCCGAUGGUCUCUGGAAUUGCAUAUCCUGCUAGUGAUUUUCUCAUCUUUCCUUUUCUAACCUAAUGAGAAUGUCCCAGAUUCAAUUACCUGGAUCUCAAAGUCCUAGAGCCAGAAAUACAUUCUCUCAUCCCUCUUAGCAUUCUCUUGCUCCCUCAUUCACUAGGGCAAAAGUCUAAAUGAAGAAAAGAAAAGUCUGUCUCAACACCUCGUUCAUGCAAUCAGCACUAGAAUUUGUAAGGAAGGAAGGGAGGUGGCAUGAAAAUUUCCAUUCUUGGAGUAUACAACUGUCCUGUUUACCCCAGGCCACUUUUUUUUUUUUUUUUUUUUGAGACAGGGUCUUGCUGUUGCCCAGGGAGGAGUACAGUGGUGCAAUCACAGCUGACUGCAGCCUUGACCUCCAGGGAUCAAGGAUCCUCCUGCCUCAGUCUCCCAACUAGGUGGGAGUACAGGCACAUGCCGCCAUACUCGGCUUUUUUUUUUUUUUUUUUUUUUUUUUUUUUUUGAGAGACAGAGUCUCGCUUUGUUGCCCAGGCUGGUCUUGAAUUCCUGGGCUCAAGCAAUUCUUCCACCUCAGCCUCCCAAAGUGCUGAGAUUACUGGUGUGAGCCACUGCACCCGCCCCUCCAGACUACUUUAAAUGUCUCUGCUGUGACUGAAUUGAAGGAAUUGUAGGUUUCAGUUGCUGAAUAUAUCAGUAUAUCUGAACUCCAGAUAUUUUUAUUUCCUAUUUUUGGCUUCCUACAUAAAUUGAUAAAAUCUGUCUAUAUUUAAGG